GUAUACAAAAAACCACUCCAUGUUUUCGUAUACUCUUAUGACAAUAUAAUAGUUCAUCAUAAAAUCUAAAGUGUAUCAGUGGUGUGAAACUAUGCUGUUAACAAGUAUUCUGUGGGAUACAGUGGCUAUAUUAGUCACUGUAAUAACCAGUUUCUUGUUUUACGCUUACUGGAAAUUGGGUUAUUGGUCAAGAAAAGGUCUCUAUGACAACGAUCCGGUCCUGUUCUACGGCAAUGCGAAAAAACUGAUGUCAAAACAACAAAGUCUGGGCGAAAUGUGGAAAGAUCUAUACAAUAAUAUCAAAUUUAAAGGACUGAAACAUGGCGGUGGUUACCUUCUUUUUACGCAAACUUAUGUACCAGUGGAUUUGGAUUUAAUAAAAAACAUAAUGCAGCAAGACUUCCAACAUUUCAACAGCCACGGAAUGUAUUUCAAUGAAAAGGGGGAUCCGUUGAGUGCACAUUUAUUUGCGAUAUCAGGUCAAAAAUGGAGAAAUUUAAGAACGAAAUUAACCCCAACAUUUACUUCUGGUAAAAUGAAGAUGAUGUUUAACAGACUUCUAGAGUGUGGAGAAGGAUUAAAGGAGAUGGUGGAGGAAUUCUCAAAUUCCGGCAAGCCGAUGGAUAUAAAAGAGAUGCUUCAGCGCUUCACUAUUGAUAUCAUUGUGUCCUGCGCUUUCGGAUUGGAAUGUGAUACGAUGAAAAAUCCAGACAAUGAUUUCGCAAGUAAAGGACGGAAUGUUGUUAAACCAGGAUCACUUGGGAUUAUAAAAAUAAUAUUGUUUUUUGCAUUCCCACACAGUUUACUUCAUAAGUUAAACGUUAAAUUUACCGAUCGUGAAACCGAAGAUUUCUUUAUGAAUGUUAUUAGGAAAAACGUGGAAUAUAGAGAGAAACACAAUGUCUACAGAAAGGACUUUAUGCAUCUUCUGCUACAACUAAAGAAUAGAGGAAAAAUAACGGAUGAUGAACAAUUAACGAGUGAUGGAACAGCAGAAGGUGCGAUCACAUUUAACGAACUUGCUGCCCAAGCAUUUGUGUUUUUCCUAGCUGGAUUUGAGACUUCUUCGACGACGAUGACUUUCGCUUUAUACGAAAUAGCCAGGGAUAAAGAUUUACAGAAUAAGAUGCGACAAGAAAUUAGAGAAGUUCUGAAGAAACAUGAUGGAAAAUUGACAUACGACGCCAUAAAAGAAAUGGAUUUCCUCAGUAGGGUUGUGGACGAAACCCUUAGGAAAUACCCAGCUGUUUCAAUGAUACCAAGAGAAUGUACCAAAGAUUAUCAAAUCCCCGGAACAAACGUAACAAUUGAAAAGGGCACAAGUGUUGCGAUAUCAGCACUGGGUAUCCACCACGAUCCGGAAUAUUACCCUGAUCCUAUGAAAUUCGAUCCAGAUCGAUUUUUAGAAGAGAACAAACGUAACCGACAUCCAUUUGCUUGGAUACCAUUCGGAGAAGGACCUCGAGCGUGCAUUGGACUAAGAUUUGGAGUGCUGCAAACUAAAGUGGGCCUGAUUUCAAUACUAGAAAAUUAUGACGUUACUCUGAAUCAAAAGACUCAAGUUCCUUUGCAGUUUGUCGAAGACAGUGGGCUGAUUUUGGCUGUGAAGGGUGGUAUUUGGAUUGAUGUUAAACGACACGUUGAUUAGCUAAACCUAUACUGCAUAAACUUAGUUGUAUAUUAAUAGUAUUUUUUUACUAAAGAAUAAAAUGUAUUUAAUUAUCUAUUUAAGUUUUAUAGUACAUAUUAUACUUGUUUUGUAAUAUUAUACUUGUAACAUACUUGUAAAAUAGUAACAUAGAUAUGCUAUUG